AUGGCCACACAUAAGGCACACUGCAACAAACUAAUCUGCACAGAACUGCACAGAACAGACUGCACACACUGCACAACUAAUCUGCACAUGGUCACUCUAGAUGAGGCUCUGAAGACAGCGUAUCAGGCUGUUUUGUCAGCCACUAGUGCUGUUUCUAUUCUUGUGUCUGACACAUACAAAAAACACAUUCAUUCUUUACAUGAUAACGUGACACAAAUUACCAUUGGUGAAGUUCUAAAAACUUCAGAAAUUCAUAUUUUGGUAAAUGUAUCAGUUUACUCGACUCAAGCUUGGUAUGAAAUGUGUGUGGAUUAUGAUUGUAUUGGACCAUUGGUGUUUAAUGUUUAUGCUUCAUGGACAUCGUCUUAUGAAGACACCUCUCUUAUAGGUCUAUUUUUUUCUAACCCUGUGAUCUGUGUCCUAGGGUUGGAUCUGGUUCAAGGUCCUCUUCUUAAAGGUGAGAAAGUGGGUGACUUAGGUGAUGUUGUCCGAGAAGGAGGUGGAGCACUUGCAAAAAUCCUAUUCAGAGGAGUAACAGGAAUGUUCACAAAGCCUCUUGAGGGUGCAAAAUCAUCUGGUGUUGAGGGUUUUGUUCAGGGUGUUGGAAAAGGAUUAAUAGGUGUUGCUGCUCAACCAGUAAGUGGAGUGCUGGAUCUUUUGUCAAAAACUACUGAGGGUGCCAAUGCAAUGAGAAUGAAGAUACAGGCUGCUCUAACUUCUGAAGAACAACUCCUACGGAGGAGAAUGCCGCGUGUAGUUAGUGGUGAUAACCUGCUUCGACCUUAUGAUGAGUAUAAAGCACAAGGACAGGCACUUGAUAAAUCGCAACUUGGAGCCCUUCUUCGUCAAAGAGGCGAAAAGCUUGAUUCACCAGUGCUUGAAAAUGGGGAAAAUUGGAGUGUGGGACAACGACAACUUGUUUCAUUGGGCCGUGCUUUGCUUAAGCAGGCAAGAAUACUUGUUCUUGAUGAAGCCACUGCUUCUGUUGAUACAGCGACAGAUAAUCUUAUCCAGACUCUAAUAAGGGCAGAGUUCAGGGACUGCAUAGUUGUGAUGAUAGCACACAGAAUACCAACAGUUAUGGAUAGUGAUUUUGUGUUGGUCCUCAGUGACGGGGAUUUCAUGAUUAGAAUGCAUGCAUUGUCUUUGAAUCCCCACCGUAUUGGCCUAAGAAGACAAAUUCCCAUGUACUCCCCUCCCCAAACAGAGGCUUUUGCUUUGAUUUUUCCAACCGUCUGCUUCAAUGCUCAUGAUUCGUGA